AGGCACAAUAGAUCUCAUAUAUAUAUAAUUAGGUUUUUUUUGUUGGUUGAAUUAUCACUUUAUAAUUACAUGAAGAGGCAUGUAUCGAGCUUAUCCUUUAUUGUUUCGGAAGGCUAUGUAGUAUAUGAUUUUGAACGUGUGUAUUCGGCCUUCGCUGCAAGGACUAGUGGAUAUAUAUCACCCAAGCCCGACCCCUUACGUCGGUGGUUGAAUUGUUCCUGGUCAACUGUCAUAUACUCUCUCUAGAACAAGCAAUUAACUACUAUUACUGUUAUUAUUAUUAUUAUAAUAAGAUGUUUGUAUUACAUGCUUUGGAUUUAUAUUUGUACUAAACAUUGUUGUUAGCAUUAGCAAGUUCAUCCCUCUCGCGUACCUUACUCUGUCCAUCAAUAAUCAAGCAAAAGAUGCAUUGCAUUUGCGUCUAAUCCCUCUGCUCCUUCCUUCCCUUUCUCUCUCAAAAUAUAAUUUUGGGACCCAAGUGAAAAUGAAGAAAAUGGUACUGAAAUUGGAUUUGCACGAUGAUAAAGCCAAGCAGAAGGCAAUGAAAAUGGUUUCUAGCCUUUCAGGCAUUGACUUAAUCGCCAUGGAUAUGAAAGAGAGGAAGCUAACUGUAGUGGGUGACAUAGACCCCGUUCAAGUGGUGAGCAAGCUCAGAAAAGCUUGGCACACAGAAAUCUUAACUGUGGGGCCAGCAAAAGAGCCUCAGAAGAAGAAAGAGGAGGGUAAAAAAGAUGAUGACAACAAUAAUAAGAAGAAAGAAGAUGACAAGAAUAACAAGAAAUAUCUAAACGAACAAACUGCUGAGUUUGUCAAGCACUAUAGAGGAUAUAACCCUUAUAUGACCACAAACUAUUAUGUUCCUUUUGCUGAAGAAAACCCAAAUGCUUGUGCUAUAUGUUAGACAAACUGGAUUUUAGUGUUGAACUUUGAUGUAUAACACCAUAGAUAAACCAAGGUUUGGAGUGCUUUUGUGUAAAUUUAUGACGCAUAAAUUAUAGCCACUAAAAGUUAGAUAAUAGAAAAGGUGUGCACUCUUCUAGGACAUUGAUAUUUUUAUGAUUUUAUCCAGUGUUAUUUGCACAGCUGAAAAUCGU